CACUAAGUUAAAGCCCAAGUUCACUUCCACUUCGUUUGGACUUAAGACAUGGAUUCGUUGCUGGAUUUUUCUUCUUCUUUACCUCAUGACAACGCCGUUGGCACCCUCCAACAAGAAAAAUGCCCCUCCACCGCAUGAUCCUUCUCUCUCCACCGUCACAACCACCGCCACCUCCGCCACUUCUCCAUCUCCGCCCCACACAAAAACGUAAACCCAAAUUUCUUCACUUUAAUUCACCCUUGAAUCUUCCCUUUAUACCCAGACUCAAACCCAUAAAUUCCGUUAAACUCUCGUUAAACCCCCAAACCAUGCAAAAGCCACUUUCUAAAACCCUUGAAACCCUCACCAAACUCAAACCAUUCCUCCAAACCAAUCACCGAUCCAUCCUCCUAGGCUGGCUCUGCAGUUCCGUCUCAGUUUUUUCCCUUUCCCAAAUCAUCCCCAAAAUUGGUUCCUUUUCUUCGAACUUAACUAACAAUGUUUCCGUUUCAAAAUUGCGUGACCAAGGCCUUGUUCUAGGGUUUUUGGUGUUGGUCAAGUUGGUUGCUCGUUACUGGCAACAAGCUUUUUUAUGGGAAGCUGCGUUAAGGACGGUGUAUCAGAUGAGAGUUUUCGUUUUCCAGAAGGUUUUGGAGAGAGAGUUGGGUUUUUUUGAAGGUGGCAAUGGGGUUUCUUCUGGGGAUAUUGCUUAUCGGAUUACAGCUGAGGCUUCUGAUGUUGCUGAUACUGUGUUUGCUCUACUCAAUGUGAGCAAUCGAGUAUUACUUAAAACUAUUGUGCCCAGCUCGCUGCAAUUAUUUGCUAUGGCGACUCAGAUGUUGGUUAUCAGUCCUUCCCUCUCCUUGAUUUCAGCAAUGGUGGUUCCAUGUAUGGCUUUUGUUAUAGCUUAUCUAGGUGAAAGACUUCGUAAGAUAUCUAAAAGAGCUCAUUUGAGUAUUGCCACACUUGCAGCUUAUCUGAAUGAGGUCCUCCCAGCCAUUCUUUUUGUGAAAGCAAACAGUGGAGAGUUGUCCGAGCAUGCCAGAUUUAGAAAGCUUGCCUUUGAAGAUUUAUCUCAAUGCUUGGCAAAGAAGAAAAUGAAGGCAUUAAUCCCAGUGAUUGUACAAAUUAUUUAUUUUGGUGUUUUAUGUAUACUUUGCAUUGGAUCCCUGGUGGUUUCAUGUGGUUCUUUUGAUGGCUGUAGCAUCGUUUCUUUUGUAACAUCACUGAUUUUGUUGGUUGAGCCCAUCCAGGGUGUGGGUAAAGCAUACAAUGACUUGAAGCAAGGAGAACCGGCGAUUGAACGCAUAUUUGAUUUGACCAAGUUGAAGUCUGAGGUUAUUGAGAAACCGGAUGCCAUUGAUUUAGACCUUGUCAAGGGAGAGGUGAAAUUCUGUGAUGUCUCAUUUAAAUAUGUGGACAACAUGCCUCUUGUUCUGGAUGGGUUGAACCUCAGUAUAAGACCUGGGGAGACAGUUGCUCUUGUUGGACCAUCUGGAGGAGGAAAGACGACACUUGUAAAAUUGCUUCUUCGUCUUUAUGAACCUUCAACUGGUUCUAUACUUGUUGAUAACCACAACAUAAAGAACAUCCGAUUGGAAAGUUUGAGAAGACAUGUUGGUCUCGUUUCUCAAGACAUAAUACUUUUUUCUGGGACAGUUGCAGAAAACAUUGGGUACAGGGAUCUAAUGACAUACAUUGACAUGGAGAGAGUUGAGCGUGCAGCCCAAAUUGCAAAUGCAGAUGAAUUUGUCAGAAAACUCCCAGAAGGAUACAGGAGCCUUAUUGGACCAAGGGGAUCACUUUUAAGUGGAGGUCAGAAGCAAAGACUAGCUAUCGCAAGGGCACUCUAUCAGAAUUCAUCUAUUUUGGUUUUGGAUGAAGCAACUUCUGCUCUAGACAGUAGGUCUGAGUUAUUGGUGAGGCAAGCUGUUGAGCGCUUGAUGGAAAAUCAUACAGUGCUGGUCAUAGCCCAUCGAUUGGAAACGAUUUUAAUGGCCGAUCGAAUAUUCCUUCUUCAAGAUGGGAAACUGCAGGAGUUAGCUCGGUCAACUUUUUUGGCUGGUCACCAUGACUCACUGAUGUCUACGGGUGUUGUGAUUUGAGUUCAUUCAAGAGCAUGAUUCAGAGAUUAUAAUAGCUGCUGUUCACAACCUGCAGAUUAGCUUAUGUUCAUCCAGUUUCAACAUCCGCUGAUGGCGCUUCCAAUCUCCAUGCAUUGUCAAAAGGUUGCCAUGUGAUCUGCAACAAAUUACUAGAGUCGAAGCUUUCUCAUCCAGUUGUUGAUGUAUGUAUUACUAAUAAAUUUGUAAACGGUUCAUUUGUUGUUGCAUAUGUUAAUGAAUAAAUAUAAUGGUGGAAUUAGUGUUAUCCUCAAUUUGUUUAUAAAAUUAACUAAUGGUUCUUUUCAAUAAAAUUUUUGAAUAUUCAGUUC